UGCCAUGGACUCAGCUGUUUUCCAUAGCAUGUGUCAAAACUUUUCGUGGUGAUAAGCAAAACAGCGCAUUUUCCUCAAAUUUUCCUUCAACAAGAGUAUUUUCCACGCGAUGGGGAAUAAGGCGGUGAAGCAGCAUUUCGAGACUGCCCAGAAGACAGGAGUCCUCAAGAUCUCUCAAAUGAGGCUCCAGGAGUUCCCGUCGCCCCUGAAGCAGUUCCCCAACGUCCUCAAGACUUUCGACAUCUCCGAGAACCGAUUCACCUCCCUCCCGCCGGAACUGGGGAAGUUCACCUUGAUUAAGAGCCUCAACGUGAGUGGGAAUCGAAUAGAAGCCCUUCCGGAAGUUCUGGGGCUGCUAGUCAAAAUGGAGACACUCAAUGCGUGCAACAACAUGCUGAAGCACAUCUCGCCGGCCCUCAACAAGCUCAGGAACCUCAAGCAGGUGAAUCUGAGCAACAAUCAACUCACGGAAUUCCCCACGAUGUUCUGUGGCCUCGAGAACCUCGAUGUGCUGGAUGUUUCCCGGAACAAAAUCACUGCAGUGCCGGCGGAGGUGAAGGAGUUCCACGGGGUGGAGCUGAACUUGAACCAGAACCAAGUGGCGAGCUUGUCGGAAGAGCUGGCGACUUGCAAGCGUCUGAAAACGCUGCGCCUGGAGGAGAAUUGCCUCCCGAUCGGGGCGAUCUCUUCGAGAAUCCUGAAGGAUUCCGUGAUCUGCACUCUGGCCGUGGAUGGGAACCUCUUCAGCUCGAAGCAAUUCACAGAGCUGGACGGAUACGAUGCGUAUAUGGAGCGAUACACGGCGGUGAAGAAGAAAAUGUUCUAGAAAGAAUUGGCAACUUCUGACACAUUCUCGAGGAUUUUCCUACUUUUUACACCCCGUGACUCAUCGAGAUGUCUAUUUUUUGAUAAUCACCCUCACUUUUUGCUCCCUCAAGAGAUGUUAUAAUUAUUUAUUAAAUGUCUAUUGCAAUUAAAUGGCAUUCACAGACACAAAUGCCCUCUGUAAUUUGCCCUACUGUGUG